UUUUAUUGUGCAAGUUUCACUUCCGAUGUUUUGUAAGGUACAGCCUGGAGAAAUUGUUAAUCGUCGGACGACAGAAUGAUGAAAUAUGGGCGAUGCAUUUCUGAAAAAGUCUGAUUAAGUGUAAGAGAGAAUGGCCUACAGUCGUCUGUCCUCCGAGGACGAGCGGAAGUGUUGCUGGGUUUGUUUUGCUACAGUAGAGGAUGACUGGGAAGCUAAGUGGGUGAAGCCCUGCAGGUGCCGGGGAACCACCAAGUGGGUCCACCAGAGCUGUCUCCAGCGGUGGGUGGACGAGAAACAGAAAGGGAACAGCUCAGCGGAGGUUUUCUGUCCACAGUGUGGAACUAGAUACAUCAUAGUGUUCCCAGAGUUUGGUUCCUUUUUAAAAUGUGUGGAUACCAUUGAUAAAAUGAUUCAACACAUUAGUCCCUUUGGUGUCGGUAUGCUGUUCUGUGCUGGUGUAUACUGGAGUGCAUUUACCUAUGGAUUUAUAGUAGUUUUACAGGUGAUGGGUACAGAGGAGGGGUACACGUUUAUGGAGGAGGUAGAGAAUAAGAUGUUACUCCUGAUCAGCAUGCCGCUUAUCCCUGUCGUCCUCAUCCUCGGGAGGAUGAUUCAGUGGGAGGACGUCCUCCUCAAGCUCUGGAGGAGACAUGCCCCCAGGUUCCUCACCAAAUUCUUCACCAAUGAAAGGGCAGUCUUGCCUAGGUUUCCUGCUGACACAACACGUAUAGUGGAUCCUGUGUCAGCGACACGCAUUGUCUGUGGGGCUCUGGUUCUACCCAGCUGUGCUGUCUUGUGUGGAAAUCUCUUGUUCAGAUCUGUUCGCUCCAACAUGCAGAGAACUAUGAUGGGAGGAAUAUCUUUCAUAGCAUUCAAAGGAGCCAUUAAAAUGUAUUACAAACAACAGCAGUACAUCAGGCAGGCCAGGCGAGUGAUACGGGACUAUGAGGAGGACGAUAUACCCAUGUUCUCUUCUCUGACCUAGCCGGAAUUAGUAACUGUACAUUCUGAGAAGAUCCUGUGAUAUCAAAGUGAAAGCAAUAUAAAGAUAAUGAGGCUCACAAUAUACAAACUUAAACAAUAAUUUGCAUGGAAAAAAGGGCAUUGUGAGAAGGCAAUAAUUUUUUAUAAAGCACCUUUAUUUAGCAUAAUUCAACUUUUAAAUCCUUAGUUUCUUGAACAUGAAAGAAUAUUUCAAGGAAGUCUGACUGAGGAAAGGGAUGAUAUGGGUGGUAUAAGGGAAACGGGAAUGUUUAAUAGAGAGAGGCUCAGAAUUAACUGCGAAUACUUCAAAAAGAACCCCCUAUUUCUAAGAAGAUUAUUAUUCUUUCCAACUGACACCAAGAGAAAAGGAUCACAUUCAAAAUAUUAAGCAAUGCAUUUUAACAGACUUUUGUCAAUGUGUGAAAUAACCCUAUCCCCUUCAGCUUUAUUGUACCAAAUUUUGGGAUGUUUUCUUGCCAAAAGCUCAGUUAUAUCAGUAUACACAUAGUAUUACACUCAUAUAGAUAUUUCAGAGUAUAAUCCUUAAUCAAGUCAAUGGUAGAUACUGUUAAACAAAUAAUAAUUAGCAGACUCAAACUGUAGUGCUAUCUCCCUAUUCCACUGAUUUGUGGCCUUGAAUAGCAUUACUUAUUAUAUCAAUUUUUAUGUGAGAUUUUUAUUCGAUAUUAAUAAAUAAGACAAAAUUUUCACAAAAAUUUGGUCAUUGCUCUAUAUACCAGUAAUCUUUAAUGCUGCCUGCAUUAAUACGGCAUAUAUUCAAGAUAUUUUGACAGUCUUGUAUAAUAUAUGUAGCACAAAAAUGAAGUUCUCACUAAAAAAAAAAUAAUUUUUUUUACUGUGUAUGUAUCACUGAAAUAAAUCCAAAAAUAUUCAGCUCACAUUUUUUUAGCUUUGAAUGUCAAGAAAUUAUUCUUGCUUUUUCACAAAUGGUGAGUUUAAAAGUGACUAUUACUGGUAUUUAGUGCACUGUAAUUCAUCUAGUCUAUGGUAGAUAUGUUGCCUUCUGCUGUAAAUCGAGAGCUUUUAGGCAUUACUGUGCAGGGGAAGUUUGAAGAAACAUAUUUUUAACAUAUACAGUGAUGUAUGUGCAAAUGUCAAUGACUGUCAAAAAAUAAAUGUAGCUUUCAAAGUCUAACCUAUGCAAUCAUGGUAUUACUUGGUGGAUUUAAAUAGAAUAUACCCAAUAAGCAGUACUUAAUUAAACCUUAUCCAUUCUUAGAUUUAACAAUUAUUUCACCCUCCUAUAAUACAGGAUUUAUUGGAGCAUACCUCACUACAUGUUUGUAUUUCUUAUACAUAUAAUUAUAGGUACAGUGUACAUGUAAUUCAUGCUGAUGCUAAGAUAUUAUUUUUAAAUUCUGCUUUUAUUUUGCCGUUAAUGGCUUGACUUGUUUUAAAUAUUUUUUCACUGUGGACUGUGUUAUGAAUUAUAAGAUCCCCCAUUCCUCCUUCAGUUUCAAUACUAGCGAGUUAUAGAGAAAUCAAUAUAGUAUGAAAGAAAGGAAUUUCACCCUUCUAUUAAACUAGAGACAACAAACAUGAAGAAGACUAAUCCAUUGUUCCAUUAAAUGUUUCAAAUGUGUCUGUAAACAGAAAAUUAUUUGACUUUGGUUUCAACAAUAGGAUGCAUGUUUCUUAUUUUUAUUUUCAUUUCACCAGGAGAGAGCCUUUUGUUUGAUAAUUUUAAAAUGAUGAACACACAUCUGUGUGGCACGACAUUUGUUACAAUAAGUUAUCAUUAUGCUUCUAUUGUAUCAUAAAUGUAAAAUUCUGUCAAUACAUAUCUGACAAGGUUGUUAUAAAAAAAAUUUAAAAUAAAAAAACCUAUUCAUUUAAA